ACGCGCAGGCGGUUUUGAACGCCCCCUGGUUCUCAUUGUGCAGCCGAGGAAACAUCGGAAGGUUUCGACGACGUUGGUAUGAAAUGGCAGAAACUGCCUGGGUCGCGGAAGCACUGAGACUAGGUUGCGUAGAAGCUACACAUGUAUCUUGCGGUGUUCCCAGCCUGCUAGUGUGACGAAACGGGAGUGUAACCGGAGGGAAGAAAGGGAUUAAAGCGCUGUUUUCCUCCUAAACACCGUCCAGCUUGUGUCUCCGGCAGCAGGCAGCGAGUGGCGACUGCGGGGUCGACACUGUUGGAAUUAACCAGAGAGGGGUCUUGAGAGGCGAGCUCCAUUUGGAUGCCCAGUCAUCGAUUUUGUCCAAGACUUCACCAUGAACCGAAACAAGCGUGAAAGGGAGUACUACAGUAUAGAUGUGGGCGAUUCAACUUUUACAGUUUUAAAGCGCUACCAGAACCUAAGACCCAUUGGAUCCGGCGCACAGGGAAUUGUUUGUUCGGCGUACGACCACAACUUGGAGAGGAACGUUGCCAUCAAGAAGUUGAGCCGACCCUUUCAGAAUCAAACUCAUGCAAAACGGGCCUACAGGGAACUGGUGCUAAUGAAAUGUGUCAACCACAAGAAUAUUAUCGGGCUGUUAAAUGUAUUCACACCACAGAAGACACUGGAGGAAUUCCAAGAUGUGUAUCUAGUAAUGGAACUGAUGGAUGCCAACCUCUGUCAGGUGAUUCAGAUGGAGCUGGACCACGAGAGGCUGUCGUACCUGCUCUACCAGAUGUUAUGUGGAAUCAAACAUCUGCAUGCCGCAGGGAUCAUACACAGGGACCUGAAACCCAGCAACAUCGUGGUAAAGUCCGACUGCACACUGAAGAUUCUGGACUUUGGUUUGGCCCGGACGGCCGCCACUGGUCUCCUCAUGACGCCCUACGUGGUGACGCGUUACUACCGCGCCCCUGAAGUCAUCCUGGGAAUGGGCUACCAGGCCAACGUUGAUGUCUGGUCUGUUGGCUGUAUCAUGGCUGAAAUGGUCCGGGGUAGUGUGUUGUUUCCAGGCACUGAUCAUAUUGACCAGUGGAACAAGGUGAUCGAGCAGCUGGGGACGCCAUCUCAGGAGUUCCUGAUGAAGCUCAACCAGUCCGUGAGGACCUAUGUGGAGAACCGGCCACGGUAUGCUGGCUACAGCUUCGAGAAGCUCUUCCCUGAUGUCCUGUUUCCUGCAGACUCUGAGCACAAUAAACUGAAAGCGAGCCAAGCCCGUGACCUCCUAUCAAAGAUGCUGGUAAUAGAUGCAUCAAAGCGGAUCUCAGUGGAUGAGGCUCUCCAGCACCCCUAUAUCAAUGUGUGGUACGACCCAACUGAGGUGGAGGCACCACCACCGGUGAUCACAGACAAGCAGCUGGAUGAGCGGGAGCACACAGUGGAGGAAUGGAAAGAGUUGAUAUAUAAAGAAGUGCUAGACUGGGAAGAAAGGACGAAGAACGGCGUCAUCAGGGGACAGCCGGCGUCCAUAGGUGCAGCAGUGAGCAGCAGCCCCCAGCAGCACCACCAGCACCAUCCCUCCACUUCUUCCUCCACCUCCGCCAACGAUGUCUCCUCAAUGUCCACCGACCCGACCCUGACCGACACCGACAGCAGCCUGGAGACGGCGGGCCCUGCCGCCGCCGCUGCUACAGCCUCCGGCCCAAUGGGCUGCUGCAGAUGACUAUCGCCUACACCUGGUUCUGGGCUGGGCCACACCACCUGGUCACAUCCAAGACCACCAGCCCGACACCGGCCCCUAGACCCACCCGCUGUGUUUGCCUCCCCUCCGUGCUC